AUGCAAGUCUACACGUUAUUGUUAAUAAUUGGCUGUACGUUGGCUGUAACAAAAUCAGCAUUGUCUGCUACAUGUAAUUGUAAUUGUUGUGAUAGUGGAAUCGACUGCCGUCCAUAUCCAUAUGGUUUAAUAUCAGUUUCAUCUUGCACUGGCCGUUCAUGUCUUGACUCAUGUUCUCAACAACAUCGUGCCUGUUAUAAUGCUUAUUAUAACGAAAUGGGACGAAUUAAUGUUGAUUGCAAUCAAGGUGGUAGUACCGGGUCAUCAUCACCAGUACCAACAAGUCCUACUCCAACAAGAGCUACUCCAACAGCGCGUCCAGGUAGUACAGUACCAGCCAAACCUACUACAUGUGUGUGUAGUUGUUGCUCGGGAGUGUUAUGUACUCCAAAACCUCAAUAUUCAUUCUUUGAUGCCGGAUGUACAGAUAAGAGCUGUCAUUCCCGUUGCAAAGAGUUGGUGAAGGAUCCAUGUGAUAAAUUUAUUGGCUCAAAUGCGGCUUAUUGUGGUUACUAG